AUGGCGUUCAUCGAAACGAACGCGCCGCGCAUCGUCGUGUCGCUGUCCGUCAUGACGGGCGUCGCCUUUGUCUUUAUGAUGCUGCGCUUCUUCUGCAAGGUGCGGUUCCACAAGACGUUUGGCGUCGACGACCACAUGCUGGCGGCCGCCUGGGCCUGCCUCGUCGCCUACGCCGCCCUCACCAUCACGUCGACCAACUACGGCGUCGGCCUGCACAUCGCCGUCAUCUCGAGCGCGGACCUGGUGACGGGCCUGCGGCUCUUGUACGUCGGCCGCUUCCUCGCCAUCAUCGCCCUGGCCAUCAGCAAGACGUCCUUUGCGGUCACGCUCCUGAACCUCGCCAGCACGGCAUGGCAGCGCUAUGUGCUGUGGUUCGUCAUUGUGUCGCUCAACGUCGUCAUGUGGUUCGCGGGGCUGUCGCUCUUCAUCCAGUGCAGCCCCAUCCAGAAGGCGUGGGACCUCCAUGCCGCCGGCACCUGCUGGAAGCCCAUGAUCCAGGUCAACAUUGGCAUCGCGGCCGGCGCCUACUCGGCGCUGAUGGACUUUACGCUGGCGCUCUUCCCGUCGUUUUUGAUCGGGAAGCUGCAGAUGAAGAAGACGGAGAAGUACGCCGUCAUCCUGGCCAUGAGCCUCGGCGUGUUUGCCGGCAUCACCGCCAUCAUCAAGACGUACUUUAUCCUGGGCAGCCAGCGGUCCAAGGACUUUACCUUUACGACGGCCAACCUGCUGAUCUGGUCGGGCGCCGAGACGGCCGUGACCGUCAUUGCGGCCGCCAUUCCCUUCUUGCGGCUGCUCCUGAAAGAGGCGGCCACCAAGCACAAGACGUCAAGCCGGCCCGACACCUAUGACCUCGACGCCCUGUCCAGGUCCGGCGUCGUCGGUGGAGCCACGACCCUGACGCAGACGCAAAGGGCACCACAAGACCGCGACGACGCGAGCGAGAAGAGCAUCUUGGGCGAGACGAAGCGUGGCCAGCUGCACGUCGAGAGCGGCCAAGCCAAGUCUGAUUAUGCAUGA